UUUGGCCACCAAACGUUUAAGGAAUUCGUUUGUUAAGUUCGUAAGUUUAAGUUAUGUUGUGUGUGUGUUUUUUAUUGAAAUAUAGUGUUUUUGUGUGUGUAGAAUAUAGUGCAGAACAUUUGUUCACUACAUCAAAUCACUAUUUCAGGGCCAUUGCCACUGCCACCUGGACCACAAGAGGAGUGGAUGGCGACGCGCCACGCUGUGCAUAGAAGGCCGUGGCUUGACACUUCUUCCCUCAGUCUGCCUGGUGCGUUCGGUCUAUGCAGCAGUUAGUAUUCUUUGCUGAGGCAACCCGCAUCUUCGCAGAAUGUCUAUGAAGAAAGAGACGCCAAGCGAUGUCCGCCUUCACCUUGCGGCCGUGAACGGCGACCUUAAGGUCAUCCGGAGACUCCUGGACAGCGGCAAGGUCCACGUGGACUGCAGGGACAAGGAGGGUACGACUCCCCUGAUCCUGUCUGCUGCCAAUGGCCACCUGGAAUGUGUCCAGGAAUUGCUGGAGCAAGGAGCAGACCCGGCAGCUAGAAGACUGACAGGAACGACUGCGCUGUUCUUCGCCGCGCAGGCCGGGUACAUGGAUGUCGCGCAGAUCCUUAUCAGUCAUCACGCCCCUGUGGACACUCCGAGUGUGGACGGAGGGACGCCACUAUUCGUCGCCUGCCAAUACGGUAACCAUGAGAUGGUGCAGCUGCUCGUAAGGCACCAAGCCAAAGUCAAUGCCUGCAUGAAGGAUGGAGCGAGUCCGCUGUUCAUAGCUGCGCAGAAUGGUCACCUGCGGGUGGCACAGUUACUGGUGGGUGGUGGGGGAAAGGUGGAUCAGCGCCGCCUGGAUGGAGCCACCCCCCUGUGGAUUGCUGCACAGAUGAAUCACUCGGCAGUGGUUCGGUUACUGCUCAAGUGUGGAGCCGCUGUCGACACUGUCCGUCGUGAUGGAGCCACGCCUCUUUUCAAGGCGUCUCACAAGGGACAUGUAGACGUGGUACAAGAUCUCCUGAAGUACAACCCCUCCCUUGGUCUGCUACCGAACGGAGAGAGUGCUCUUCAUGCAGCCGCAAUGUUCGGACACCUCAGCAUUGUCAAAUUGCUGCUACAUGCUGGUGCCAAUCCCGGGCUGAGAAACGCAGACGGCGUGACUCCAGCGCAGUUGGCAGCCUCCAGCCGGCACAACCACGUGGUGGAGUAUCUCAAACUGCAUUAGCGUUGGCCUCGAGUCUGGCAGUGACAGUGUUGACCUGGGCGAGAUAACUGACUUGCAGAGACUAUGUCAAAUUUACUGCAAACCUUGUAGUGAUGGGUUUACAUCAAGAGCUUGGAUCAGUUAACACAGAGUGUCAAUGUUAGAUCCUCUAGGAUCACGAGAACUGAUAACAAUUCCAAGAAUUGUUGCAGGCAAAGGCUCUCGCUUCCAAGAUAUCUCUUAGAUGAAUGAUAUCCAGUGGGAUAAACCAGGAUCGAAAAUCAAUUUGGAACUUCUACUAUAGAUGAAGACAUGGCUGCACGGUUUCUUAAUGAUAGGCUUUAACAAAUUUUGAUGGUGCUGGAGUUGAAAUGAAAUGAAAAAUUCUUUAUUUAUACAGGUAAAUUUAGAGGAGUUGAAAGAGAUGCUGGAAUAGUCCUGAUAAAUUUUUUGAUUUCGAACAUCACAGUGACUGAUGGAGAUCAAGAUCAAUUAGGCCUAGUGAUUUUAGAAUUUUAUUGGAAAAAUCCAUGUAGGUAACUCAGCUUUAUGAAAUGAGGAUUUUGGAAUCGGAUGUGGUAUCCAGCAAUGGAGAAGGAUCAAUAAAGACUUUUGUUUUUUUUUAGAAUUGGUUAAUAGUUUAGAUAGCAGUGGUGGCAUUGACAUUCCUCGAAUCUGGCAGUGACACUAUUGACCUGGGCGAGAUAACUGACUUGCUGUUAACACAGAGUGUCAAUGUUAGAUCCUCUAGGAUCACGAGGACUGAUACCAAUUCCAGGAAUUGUUGUAGACAAAGGCUCUCGCUUCCAAGAUAUCUCUUAGAUUGAUGAUAUCCAGUGGGAUAAAUCAGGAUUGAAAAUCAUUUCGGAACUUCUACUAUAGAUGAAGACAUGGCUUCAAGUGUUCUUAGUGAUAGUCUUUAACACGUUUUGAUGGUGCUGAAAUUGAAAGAGAUGCUGGAAAAGUCCUGAUAAAUUUUUUGACCUCGGACAUCGCAGUUACUGAUGGAGAUCAAGAUUAAAUUAGUGAUUUUAGAAUUUUAUUGGAAAAAUCCAUGUAGGUAACUCAGCUUGGUGAAAUGAGGAUUUUGGAAUCAGAUGUGGUAUCCAGCAAUGGAAAAGAAUCAAGAAAGGCUUUUGGUUUUUUAGAAUUGGUUAAUAGUUUAGCUAGCAGUGAUGGCAUUGAUAUUCCAGUUCUAGAAUUGUGACAGAAUUUAGUGGAUGGGAAGAACCAGUCAUAUUCAUGGAUGGCUUUUAACUCUUGACGAAACCUCCCAUUUGAUCUUGAACAAUUACCUAAGACUCUGUAGUUGCUAUAGGACUGUAAUUUUCAAUUACUUGACAACAUAAAAGUACUGACUGGUCAAUUCUAGAUCACAAUGCAGAUUUGGUAAUAUUGUGUCAAUUUGACAAUCAAAGAUUAUAGUGAAUCUCUUAUCCAAUAGAUGACCACAUUUAAUGAGUGUUUUAGUUUUAAUAAUUUAGAACACAUUUCUGUAACUAGAGGUAAACUAGGGAAUCUAAUUAAAGCCUUAAGUAUUCAAAGACCCGCCACACAUAGUUCAAAACUGUUUUUACUGCACUUUUUUAUUCCUGAAUACUUUAUCAAUGUUGUAGACAGCUUAAAAAUGUGUUUUUAAAUUUUAUUAUUUGCUCUUUCAGGUAUAAAAUACGAAUUCGUUUUUUUUUUUAUUUAUUUAUUUUUUUUUUAAAGAUGAAACAUAUUUAGAAUUUUUGUUAACUUUUCAAAUGAAAUACCACUCAAGUGUAAAGAAAUCUUCAGUAUUUAAAACUGAACUUCCAUUAAUGAUUUUAGAAGCUGAGGAGUUUUUUUUAAUACAAUAUUUAAAAAUCUCUUCACAAAAUUUUAAAUACACACUGUCAAAAUCAGUCUCCAUUUUAUUUUUAUUAAUUUUUUAACUUAGGUUUUACAACAGAGAAAUUGUCGCCUAUUAAUUCUGUUGUUUUUCAACUCCUACGGAAGUAAAUUAGGCAAUUUUACAGAGCACUCUGCGAUGAGUAUAGCCUACACACUAGGCUACACAAUUAUAAAUUCUACUCUUGUACCUCUCUUUGUUUAUUUUAUAAAUACUGUGUAUUUGCAGUAGACAAUUAAUUUCAUAAUCAAAUUAAGUUAAUUGAAACACCUAAUUAAGUGUUCAGUUUAGUAGUAAUGUCCAUAGCGUAGAACAAUUUGCUCAAAUAGGUUUUAUGUCCAGUUUUAACACCUUACUAAUUUUACUACGAUAACUAAUAAAGUAAGUUGUACAAAUUGUAUAUACUUUUAAUUACACAGCUUCGGGCGUUUCCGUCCAAUUGUACAUUCUUCUGUUAUUGUUAUACUUUGCUUGAGAUCUGUUAUUGAGAAAUAAACGUUUUUAUUGUU